AUGAGCAACUCGGCAGAUGCCGCAGAGUCGAUGCUUGCUCCAUCUGCUCUUGGCCUGGGCUAUUUAGAGGCGGGGAGCUCUACAAAGCGGUUGGCAUCAAUAAUAGUGGAAACACUUCUAUCAGACUACUCGGCAGUAAUUCUUAACUCCUUUUCACAGCUACGAGACAGUAUUCACAACAGGCCUCUCUACAUCAUGAUGGAACCAUCUCUUGGCUGUGACCCCAUGCAUGACCAUGAGGCUCCAAAGGAUGUGUCACCUCUUUUUGGCUCAUACAUCGACCGUGCGGAAUCUCAAAUCCUUACUUUGCCCACCUCUAUUUUGAAGCUCAAACUGGAGGAGCAAAUAGUCCAGUUACUCAAAGAGCUGUCGAGUGAAAAUGCAGAUUUGCAAAGACAACUAGACAAUGUCAGAUCUUUACUAACAGAUAGCCAUGUGCAGGUAAGCAAUAAGGACAGCCUCAUGUCCUCGAUCCUAAAAUCGAAGUCAGAUGAAAAGGUGCGUCUUCUGAGUGAGAUUCAGCUCUUGCGCGAACAGCUCUAUCAGAAGCGUAUUCACGGAGGGGUUAACAUAUACAAGCCUGACUUUGGGCAUACAGAAGGAGGACACGGAGACGCAGAUGAGCGUGACGCUCGAGAGUUCUGGAAUUUGCGGCUGAAGGACAAAGACGACGAGAUUCUUCAGCUCAAUAAACAGAUUGUAUCUCUGAAGGAAGAGGUGUCGGUUCUCAAGGGGUUCACAAAAGAUUCCAUGGACGAGGCAGAGAGACAUAGACUUGAGGCAUUGAGCAAAAGUAAGGCAAGCGUGAGUCUAGAGGACGAGAAUGCUUUGUUGAAGAGGGAUCUCGAGGAACUUCAGAUGCGGUAUCAGACAGAUAUGAACGCUGCUACAACGUCAAUCGAGGCUUUGCGCACAGAGAAUACAACCCUGAGUAAAGCAGCAGAAGAGCAAGAGGCAGACGCAAGCACCAUGCGACAUAAGAUGGAGACCUUAGAGUCAAAGGCUCUGGUACUUGAGGCACAAUUGACAGAAGCUAAACAGCGGCAUAUGCAGGAUACCGAGGUACUUCGUAGAGAGCUUGAAAGAGCUAACGCUGCAGCUACAUCUGCUAAGGAUGAUUUAAAGAAGCACGCUAUUAUGACUGAUCGAUUGAAGGCGGAACUGGAGAUGCUUAUGAAAGAGAAUGGAGAGAACUCCCUUGUCAGCGGUCUCAAGGAUCAGAUUGAAAAACAGCGGAAAGACAUCUCGAAAUUAGUGAGUGACAUUAAAAUCUAUCGUGGCAAGCUCGCCCAUGCCAACAACAAGAUAGCAAAACUUACGGGGCGGCCAGUUCCUCAAAGGAAAGCACUUAAUUCGGACGAUUCAAACGACUUUACUGACGACGAUCUAUAUGAAACCGAAGGCCAUGGUGAUACCGAUAACCUGUAUGGUAGAUCUACUCAAGAUACCACUAUAGAAGAAACUAUAGAGUGUACAUCUACUAGGUCCAGCUUGAGUAGUGCUCAAUUAGAGAGGGCAGAAAAUUCAAAGAAAUCGGAUGUGGACAAAAUGGCGGCCUUAAUUGGUAAGUAUAGAGAGAUAGUUUGUUGCUUAGCACGACUCCCAGAUGCAAAGUUACCAAAAACACUUGCUGGCCUAUCUAAAUUUCUUUCUAGUCGCAUGAAGAAAGCAGAUACUGCCAAUAUGGGUGGGGCGUUCGACCCUGCCAACGAUUCUGACUCCGAUUCUCAUCCCAGGAAGAAGGAAAGAACAGCUAAGGCAAAGCAAGGAAAGAGUGGUAAAGGUAUCAAGGGACCUAAGCUAGGAGGUAAUGGAAAAUCGGCUAGUGGGGGUAAGGGAGAGGUAGCGGUUAAGCGUAAAGGUACCGAUAAGAAUGUGACUCCAGCAAAGGCUUCUGGAAGCAAGAAGGAGCACACUGAAAACAGCGACAGUGACUCUUAUUAUUACAGCUAUAGCAUAAGCUCAAAUGACACCUAUCUUCUUGAGGACAAGAUAGAUGACGACUUCUUUGGAGUAGGUGGCGAUCCAAAUGCAAUGGUCCGCCGAGGUGACGUUGAGGAAUACGUCUCUAUGAAAAUUCAGGCUGCUCUAGAGAACUUUAGAAUGGAGUAUGAUAAUGAGGCCGAGCUUCAGGCCAUGGGGAUUGCACAUAUGACAGCAAAGGCGAUACUAGAGAACUAUUCCCACAGAUCUUGUCAGACAUAUGUAAGCUACCUCACAGAUACAAUGCGGAUACUUACAGACGCGGAUAUCAUUGACGAGAAUGAUGGUCUAUACCUUGAUGAUGCUGGAAAUUGGCGGCGCAUUGGCGACGUUGCUGUAAAGAGUGGCCUGCAACCUAAAGACAUAGAGCUAAACCGACGGCGCUUGGAUCUGUUUAAUCACACGUCUAUGACAAAUCUUCCGCUGGCGGACCCCAAUCAUCCACUGCACCGCAGAGAUGCACAGUUGGCUAUGACAGCCGCUGACAAGGUAAUGAAUCUACAAGCCACUGGAGCGAACUAUCGCCUUCACCAUAACUUAAAAGGAGAAGGCUUAACAACAGACCAAAUCUUUGAUCAACUCUACAACGACACUCAGCGAAUGCGCCUUGAGGCCAAUACGCGUCGUGAAAAGAUGGACUCCACCUCAUUACAACAGCUAAAGCUACGCGAAACUCCCAGCCCCUACAGAGAAGUUGCUCAGGCAGACCAUAAGAUUGGUCUCUUUGGCUCUCUAAUUGUCAAAGCAUCAGUUGUGCCAGAAAAUGCUACAUCGCCAUCACCUGCCCCUUUAAAUGUUCAGCUAGAUAAGAAAACUCCUGGUGCGCCAUCUGCCGCGGCUGUUCCUUCAAAGAGCAACACUGCGACGAAAUCAGGGGAGAGAGUAAUUCAAACAAUCAACAAUGUGCUUGGUAUGAAUGUUGCCUCAGUCAAGGUGGAUCAUCCGGAGGAGCCUGCUAAACCCAAGAAGCCAAUGCUCGUUCAGCAGCGUUUCGAUCCUAGACAACGACGAGGAACCGGCACCAAGGAGGUCCGUAGCCACCAAUCAGAUCGGGUGAUCGAGACCUCCAAAUCGCAGCAAUAUGAAGAGGAUAAACCCAGAUCACUGAGUCCUCUAUCUCAGAAUAACCUUGAUACGCCUAUUGAAAACAUGGUCAACAUCAUAUCCUCGGCCCGUUCUUUACAUAGCCCGCUCACUGCUUGCAAUGAUACUCGCUCUGAGCCUCAGCAAGAAACUCCAGAUCUAGGAACUCCUAGGGCAUUUCGAUUGGUCAAUAAUUCUGAAGCAGAUGGUAUUUAUGUCCGCAUGAGUAACGAGGGCGUCAUCAAUGGCCAGAUAAUUGUGUCUGAUGGGUUUGUUACCAAUAUUAGUUAUAAGAAUAUGUUCGGGGAUAACCUUGACCGAGUUAUAUACUCUCACACGGACAGUCAAUCCGGCGGUCAGCUGACCUCAUCUCCAGGGGCUCCAUCUCACAACAGCAUUGCCAUCACAAAGGGUACAUGCUUGCCAAAUAACAUUAUUCAAUCUCCUGAGCUCAAUAUAGACACCAGAGCUCAGCUUCCUAAAUAUGACGCUGAUCAGGGAGUAAGCGUCCAGCCAACUCUCUUUAUUGAAACUGUAGUGGAGGAUGGCGAUUCUGGAACCCUACGAACAACCGGGGAUGAUUCUAUUCGGCCAAGCAUUGACCUUACUCGUACACCUCUUCACAGACCCCCCUCUGGAGCAGCCACCGGGGCCCAGCGCAAUAAGUUAUCUAUAGCCUCAGAGAUAGAUAUGGGGUCCAUCUCAGAGAUCCAAAAGCUCUCCAUAUCAGUUCCGUCCACGUUGGAGCAUAACGAUCUAGCAGACCAGCUACCGUUACGAGGAUCUCUUAUCAAGGAGGAUCUGGAGCAAAUCCAUGUUGCAGAUGUAACAACGCUUCUAGGCAAAAACGUAGUUGAUUUCCAGCGAGCAGCAAUGCUAGAUCAGAGUGGACCUGAUGUAGUACCGGUCUCAACGCAAUUCUCCGAAGACAAAGGAGCGGUGCUUCUUGAUGAAAGUCUUCUUCGCAUUCUUUCUCUCUUACCAACAACACCGGCAGAGGACGAAUUUCUUAGCCUUCCUAGGGCCAAGAGUUGCUAUAAAAAGCAGCGAGAAAAAGACCUGCUGGCACCGGGUGCCGCUCUUCGGCUUGUCAAGAUCACAGUUAAGCCGGGCCAUGAGAGACUGAUUGAAAUAAUCACAAAGCCAGACGACACUCCAUACUUUUAUGACCCGAAAACCGAGUAUAGGUACUCCGAUAUACACUCCCUUCAAGAGUCUCUACAGCAGGAGCAGCAAGUGGAUUACCACCCGAACACAACUCAGCCAAUAGACAGAUCUCAAGCUCGUGAGGACUCCUCUGCGAUGCACCCAGAGCUGGACAAUUCGACAAUGGGGUCAGAAGAGAACUCGAGGGUAAGUCUCCAAUUGGAGCCAGAUGGGCCUGAGAUAUCCAUAAAGUCUCUUGCAAACACAGCUGAUGAGCAGAUACGGCAGUUAUUCAAAUUGACUGUCGACAAGCACGGGCGUCCCAGGAGACUCACUGAGGCAGAACUCUAUCUUCUUAGCAAGAUUGGGGACUAUAAAUCCAACAGUACUGCAACCAUCCGGCUUCAGCGCGGAAAUAACAUUGGGCAACGUCCAACUAUUGCCAAUCUUGUUUCCAUUAAUGAGACAUCAAAUUUAAAGACACAGGAUCUGUCAGAAAACGCUCACCUACGGAAGGAUCCAGUGGCAUCAGCUCCCCAUUCAAAGACCAGUGUCGAGCUGACACCAGAUGAGCUUGUGUCUCUAUAUUUAAAGAAGACAGAAGAAAAGCAAGCUGGACACUCAACCAGGGCCGUUGUAGGGCAUGGAUUACAAAGUAGACCAGUUAAGAUUGCUCCUCAGGUAAGCAGUAUUCCUGUUACUGCCAGACAAUCCCUAGAAGGACCAUCCGAUAGCUCUUUCACUGGGAAAUAUGUGACCGUCGACGGAAAGGUGAUAGAGUAUACAGAGGAGGAUCAAUUCGUUACUGAAUUGGACAGGAUUGUUAAUUCUAUGGUUAGCACGGCUUCUGCCACAAACAAGAAAAACGAUGACUUAACCACAGAUGAUCUUAUGGUACUGCAAACUAAGAUACGCGACUCUGCUACUUUAGAUUCUAAGCUUGAGAGCAGGAUUCAAUCUAUUAGACAUAUACAGGAACAACUCACGAAGGGGGUCAUUAAAGUAGUUCGUGCAGAUGACGGAUCAAGGCUGUUCAUGGACUCUAGGGGCUUUGUUCUCAACGGAGCAAUUGUUGAAGAUAUGCUCAAGGAGGAGCCCGAUAAGCUAUGCACACAAUUGGACAUACUAGCAUCCUUAGCCAGUUCUGAAUUACAGUCGCACGGACUGUUAAAUGGCAUAAAGGUGCGGAAUAAGAAUGGGACUAUAGAGGCAGAUCUUCUUCUUCCGCGCAUGCCAAUCCAAACAAUUAAGGAGUCAACGUCAUCUACUCGUCUUCGAUCUGAUCAUUCUACUGCACAACCCAUUAUGACAACAGACGGCCUCUUUAACAGUUCGUAUUAUCUAGAUCUUUCUACGAAUAAUUCAAAGCUCCAGACAACCCCUCCUGGGAACAGUCUCGUGUCCAUGACUGUUUCUACCCUCACCGAAGACGGUCACAUUGGAGUGCAGAUGCCUCAGACACAGAUUCCACAUAGGGCUAGUACAUCAGGCGCACAACCAGGUCAGUUCGUUGCUCGCAACAUGACGCGAUCCAUAGUCCGCUCACAACUCGGCACUGCAUUAUCCACAGCAGCAAGUAGCGCACGAGGCAGCCCGGGUCAGAUCCUCAAACCAUUGAGAAGCAUAGAAGGGGUAACUACAGACGGCAACCAGCAGCCAAUAACUACAGCUGGUCGAACCAUCCCUAUGCAGAGAGUCUCUGGAGAGUAUCGCGACUCUGACGGCCUCCGCUUUGUUAAAUCCUCUGCUUCCAGUGCUCUCAUCCGUGGCUCUAAGGGCUCCCUCGUCGACGACUCCGAGGCACAUGCAUAUAUCCGUGGCGGAGUAGUAUCCCACGGGGUAGCUGAAAUACUCUCUUACUCCAAGCAAAACAGCCAUUCUCUUCAGCCAGGGGCUGUAGCACGGGAGGUAGGUCUUCCAGAAAUCUCUCCCACUGCAGCGCACGCGCUAGAAGAAGCGAUAAUAUGUCGGGGCAUUUCUUUCAAACGAUCCACGGAAAAGCCUUCAAGUACGGCUUCUUACCCGCUACUCAAUAGUAAUCCUACAGGAAAGCAGUAUCAGUACAGCACUACUAACUCGAUCAAGCCACAUGGUGAGUUUGAUUCUGAUGGGCUAGAUUCUAAGCUACUGACGUGCUCUAUUAUAAUAGAUUCCCCCAUUUCCCCGGUAAAGUCGUACCGACAAACAUCAGCCGUGGAAGCAAGGAGUCCGUUUGUUGCUGGUCCAGGAGCGGCCACAGAAAAAACCCAGGGUAUUAUCGAAGAAGUCUCGGAUAUCCAGGUGUGA